UGUAAUAAUGACGGACAGUUAUGGCAGCGAAAACAGCAAAACGAACAUCUUAGCAUAAUAUAAUCAUUAACAUUAAAUAACAUUUUCCGUGUUAGAAUGAUCACAGUUUGAUAUUUAAAAGUUUACUCGUUCUUUUUUUUGCGGCGACCUACUGAGCGCAGAAAUUCACGUUAUUUAGUUAAACCUGCUGGAGUUUAGCUAUGUGGGGUGAAAUCGACCCUCCUGCUAAAGCACAGCCCAGUUUGUGUGAGAGUGAAAACAGGGAGGUAUUACCAGAGGAACCUGCUGGUCCUUUACAGACAUACGAACACUACAGACCCAGAUACUCCACGGAUAGCAGGACGGACCUCCAGCAGGACCCCUCCGCAGAGCCUAGCUGUGUGGGAGACAUGAUAGAGUCUGUAGCCAUGAGUGGGAGCCCAGUGAAGAGCCAGCAGAUCGGAGAGGCUGAGCUGACCUACGGGGAGCGGAGAGAGGAGCUGCUGCAUCAGUACCGCAGCAGACCGCUGGUCUUCCUGGAGAGGUACCAUGCCCAUUUGAAGCCCGACCACCUUCCUGCUUUUUCCCACGUCAGCUCAGACCCGAGGGCUCAGCACUACAGCCAGUUGGUGCAGAAGCGAGCUGCAGGACGCACCAACAGAACCAGAGUCAGAAACCACCGUUAUGCAGCCCUCAGGGCGCUACAGAAGGCGGGUGAGUAUUUCAGUGAGGAACAGAUGCGGAUGAGGGAGCCGCUGCUGUAUGAGCAAUAUAUUGGCCAGUUCCUGACUGACGAAGAGGUGUUGGAGCGUUCCCAGGAGGCCAUGCUGGAGGGUGCACAGGAGGGACAAGGAGGAGGAUCAUGUGGGCUUGCCAAUCUCCUUCUGAACUCCUACCAGGAGCGUCUCAUCCAGAGCCGUCUGCAGGAGCAGCAGGAGAGAGAAGAUGGUGCCCAAGAGGAGGAUGAAGAUGAUGAGGAUGACGGAGAACAGCCGAAAGGAUGGGAGCCCAACGCAGAGGAGAAGGCUCUGCUGAGGGAGGAGUUCAUCAGUCAGAUGCAUCAGCGUUUCCUGGAUGGCAAAGACAAGGAUUUUAACUACAGUGAGGUGGAUGAUAACCCUGACUAUGACAACCUGGACAUUGUCAGCAGAGAUGCUGAGGAUAAAUACUUUGAUGAAGAUGACGAGGAGGAGGAAGAGGAGGAGGAGAUGGAAAAGGAUGAUGAAGAAGAGAACAUGGCUGAGUAGGGAAUGGUUCAUUCAGAAUGACUCUGCUGCUCUGAUUCAUCUGUAAAUAAGAAUGUAAAAAUAUAAACAUUUGAGAUUUGGAUUGUUACAUUUGUCUGCAUUAAAAAGCAUUUUGGUCUUUUA